CUCUUCGGCGUCGUCGCCACCUUUGCUUCCGGCGCCCUGGCGUCCUGCGCUCACGGCACUUUCCUGCAGCCGCGAGCCGAGGCCUUCGUGGAGCCUGCUUUUGGAUACUCCGGUUCCAACGGCCCUGCCAACUGGGUCUCGCUCGAUCCCAAGGCCAACGCUCUCUGCGCCACCGGAACCCACCAGUCCCCCAUCGACCUGGUGUCGGACGUCUUCUCACUUGUUCCUGGCUCGGACUUGGUCAUCGACCUCCCCGACCUGGACGAGGGCGCCGAGUUUGAAAACCUGGGAACCACCGUCGAGGUCGUGGCCGACGGAGCCGGAACCCUCACCGUCGGCGGCACCACCUACACCCUGAAGCAGUUCCACUUCCAUCUCCCCAGCGAGCACAUCGACAACGGCACCAGCAUGGCCAUGGAGAUGCACAUGGUCUGGCAGAGCGAGGCGAGCACGCUGGCUGUUGUCGGGCUCUACAUCGACCUUGUCGACCCUUCUACUUCCUACAAGAAGGCCAAGAAGGCCAAGAAGACCAAGACCUCUCCUACCGUGCCUUUCCCUCUGCUUGAGACCGUUCUGGGCUCUGUCAACAAGAUUGCCACCCCCGGAUCCCACAUUACCACCAAGGCUCUGGACAUGUCCGAGUUGGUCAGCAUUCUUGCUGCCGGCUCUUUCAAAUCAUACAGCGGCUCCUUGACCACUCCCCCCUGCAGCGAGGGUGUCAGCUGGUUUGUUUCCACCCAGACUCUGUCCAUCGAGAUCGGCACCUUCAUCAAGUCCAGGAACGUCCUUGGCUACAACUCCCGCUUCCCUCAGAACGCUCCCGGCGAGCCCAACGUCAUUACCCUGGCUUCC